CUAACUUCCUCUUUUCUUGUACAACAGAAACGAAAGGAAAAAAAAAAAGUCACCAUGUUUUCAUUCGACAUGGAUGCAGCCGAGCCUGAUGCUGCCCUAGAUCUGUCUCCCUUUAUUAUCGUAUAUAAAGAUGGAAGCAUAGAGAGGCUCGUUGGCAACGAAAUCGUCCCUCCUUCCUUGGAUCCCAAAUCCAGUGUCCUGUCUAAAGAUGCUGUCUAUUCAAAAGAAGCAAAACUAUCAUCUAGACUUUACCUCCCACCAGGCGUGGAUCCUGACAAGAAGCUCCCCCUCUUGAUUUACUUUUAUGGAGGAGGCUUUUGCGUAGAGAGUGCCUUCUCGCCUGCCUACCAUAAUUACCUUAAUAUCUUGGUCGCGGAGGCUAAAGUCAUUGCUGUCUCGGUUGAUUACAGGAGAGUCCCAGAACAUCCAAUCCCUGUUCCAUAUGACGAUUCAUGGACUGCCCUGAAAUGGGUUGCAUCUCAUGUUAAUGGAGAUGGCCCUGAAAAGUGGCUAAAUAACCAUGCUGAUUUCGGAAAGGUGUAUUUGGCUGGAGACAGCGCCGGUGGUAACAUAGCACACCACAUGGCCAUGAGAUAUGGUCAAGAGAGAUUAUUUGGUGUAAAAGCUGUAGGUGUUGUCUUAAUACAUCCUUAUUUCUGGGGCAAAGAACCAAUUGGAAAUGAAGUUCAUGAAUUAGAAAGAGUGUUGAAAGGGAUUGCUGCUACAUGGCACCUUGCAUGUCCGACGACAAGUGGGUGUGAUGACCCUUUAAUCAAUCCCACCACAGAUCCAAAACUGGCUAGUUUGGGGUGCUCCAAGGUUCUUGUUGCUGUCGCCGAGAAAGAUUUGCUAAGGGACAGAGACUUGUUAUAUUGCGAGGCUUUGAAGAAGUGUGGAUGGGGUGGAGCAGUUGAAACCAUGGAGGCUGAAGGAGAGGGGCACGUCUUUCAUUUGUUCAAUCCAACCUGCGGCAAUGCUGUGGCUAUGCUCAAAAAGACUGCUGCUUUCAUAUCUGGGCAUAACUGAAUAUGUUUAUCCUCUCUUAUCUCCUUUCUUUGCUGUAUUUAUGUAGCUAAUUGUAGUUAUAAAUCCAAGAGUAUUUUCGAAUACUUAUUUUUUUCUCAUUUGAAAAUUAAAAAAAUACGAAUUGCACUUAAAGGAGUGGGGUAGCUUGGUUGUCACUUGAGGGAUC